AUGUCGUACUACUUCGCCAUCGUCGGCACGCAAGACAACCCGCUCUUCGAAUAUGAGUUCGGCACCUCCAAGCAGGGCGGCGACGGCCAGUCGCGCUUCAACGAGCAGAUUCGCCAUCUGAACCAGUUCAUCCUGCACAGCAGUCUGGACAUCGUGGAGGAGGUUCAGUGGGCACAGGGUCAAUUAUACCUCAAGGUCGUCGACAAGUUCUUCAACAACUACGUCUCGUGCUUCGUGACGGCAGGCAACGUCAAGUUCCUCCUACUCCACCAGCCAUCUGCACCUUCCAGCACCGCAUCUUCACGAUCAUCAACAGCCAUCGGCGCCAACCCGACGAGUCCUGCGACGGAGGAGGCGAUCAAGAACUUCUUUCAGGAGGUGUACGAGAACUGGGUUAAAGCGAUAAUGAGCCCAUUUUACAGGCUGAACAUGGAGGUGAAGAGCCCAGUGUUUAGAGCAAGAGUCGCAGCGGCAGGAAGGAAGUACUUGUAA